UGCAAUCAGCUGAUCGUCAAAACUUGAUAUUUGUAAUUUGAACAAUGAGCAAUCUGAAUUCUGAAUUAUGAAAUCUGAAUCUCAAUUCUCAAUCUACUUUUGUUUGGACAAAUAAUGCAAAUACAUUAUUUAUAUUUUAUUAAAGAUAAUUGAAGUGUGAUAUCUAGGGUAACUGUGGUAAUGUGAAUACUGAUAAUUAGUAUCGAAUAUUUACCCCAAUAUAAAAAUAAUGUCAAAGGAAGUAAUAUACACAUGAUAUAAUUCAUAACCAUCGCAAUUUCGUAAAUUGUAACUUAUAUUUAUAUUAUCUUAGGACUUGAAAUAAUUUUAAUGAUGUAUUUCAAAAAAAUAUUUGCAAGUUUAUCAACAAGAAAUUUAGUUUUAUUACAAGCUCGGAACAUAAACUGUUGGUCAUGCGGUAAAGAUACAACUUUAGUUGCGAACUUAUUUUGUUCAAAUUGCAAAACCCUUCAAAAGCCAGACAAUGUGGAAAAUUACUUUAAGUUGAUGGGGGUUGAUGAAUCCUAUGACCUAGAUGAGGAGGACCUAUCAAAGAGAUAUAAACAACUUCAAAGAUAUUUGCAUCCAGACAAAUAUGCAAACAGAAAUGAAAUGGAGCAAGAAAUAUCAGCAAAAUAUUCGUCUUUAGUCAAUGAGGCCUAUAGAACUCUAUUGGAACCCUUACCUAGAGGUAUUUAUAUGUUAAAGCUUAGAGGAAAACAAAUUGAAGAAAAUAUGGAGACAGAUCCUGCCUUCUUAAUGGAAAUAAUGGAGAAAAAUGAAGAAGUUGAAAAUGCAGAAACAGAAGCUGAAAUCAUGAAACUUAAUAAAGAAAUAAAAUUGAUCAUUCAAGAUCUUCAAAAGAGGUUGUCAACUGCAUUUUUCGAUGGUGACAUGAAAAAUGUUAUGAAAUUAUUAGGACAGAUGAAAUAUUAUUCUAGCAUAUACAAUCAAAUUCAAAACUCUAUACGGAAUAAAGGAAUUAUAAGAUAAAGAUAACAUGUUUUUGCAUUAUGCAAAAAAAUCAAUAUUGUUGUAAAUAGAGUACUUAUUUAUAGCUUUGUUUAUUAUACAUAUGAAUGUUAA